AUGGCUGACAAUCUCGACCUCGUCUUUCCAGCCUCGUCUCUGGCUUUAUGGAUGGCCUCCUCCGAAGUAGACCAGAAGGCGCUGGGUAAUUUCGCGGCUGUCAUGGCCCUCGAAAGCCCAUUGCUCUCGGCCAUGCUGUACAAGGUGCUCGGUCUAUCGGUAAUGCUAUCCAAGAAGAUCCUCCGAGCUCGCCGACUACGCCGACUAGACACGACCCGCGAAACCAAGUCGCUCCAGCUGUACCAUCACAUCAUCUGGCUCUCACGAGAAGGCCUAUUAAUAUUAGAAGGGUACAUAUUACCGAUGGUGAACCCAUUUGUCGAAUUGAAGGUGCUAUCAUACAAGCUCCGCGCCUCCUUCUACCACAUCUUCGUGCUCUUCCACAAUCGACCCAUCAUCAACCCGCCAGAGCCACCGGCCAGUUCAAAACGCGAGUCGAUUUACGGUCCCGACACCUUAGCAGCUCCCAACCCAACCUUCACAUCUCAUCCUCCGGGGUUGGGGUUGGCACCCGUCCAACCAAUCCAACCAGCCUCCUCCUUCCUCCUCCCUCCCCUCGACUACACCGCAACCGCAACAGCCUGCUUCAAUCACGCAGCUCUCCUCGCCGACAAACUCCUCCCAGGCUCACAUCCCCUCCGCCUCUCUGUGAAACUUGAAUACGCAGCCUAUCUAUACGAUUGUAUUCAAGACCCACUCGCCAGCCGCCGCCUCGCCAAACAUGCCAUCGCAGACGUCUACAAUGCGCAAGAAGGCAUGGACGACGAAAGCUUCGAAGAUGCCGCCGAGAUCGUCGGCGUGCUGGGCAAAAUGGUCAAGCGCGGCGGGAAGACCGGGAGCAGUACGGCGGGUAGCGUCUCUUCCCACCGUUCGCGAAGCCGGAGUUCUCGCAGUCCUUCGCAUCUUGAUACGAGUGUUCCCACGACCGUUUCCCCGGUCACGGUUACAAAGCCUAGCCCUGUACCCGGGGCGAAGGUGGCUGUUGACCCUGCUAUUCCGAAUGUCACGAUGAUGAAUCCGAUUUGA